UUGGCACAGAAUGAAUAUAAUUAGAGAAAACAGAGAUCUUGCUUGUUUCUACACAACAAAACAUUCAUGGAGGGGAAAGUAUAAGAGAGUAUUUUCAGUUGGAACCCAUGCCAUCACCACAUACAAUCCCAACACGCUAGAAAUUACAAAUCAGUGGCCUUAUGGAGAUAUCUGUAGUAUUUCUCCUGUUGGAAAAGGACAAGGAACAGAAUUUAGUCUCACUUUUCGCAAAGGGAGUGGGAAAAAGUCUGAAACUCUUAAGUUUUCCACAGAGCACAGAACAGAACUCCUUACAGAGGCACUGAGAUUCAGGACAGACUUCUCAGAAGGAAAAAUCACAGGACGGAGGUAUAACUGCUAUAAACAUCACUGGAGUGAUACGAGGAAACCUGUGAUUCUGGAGGUGACUCCUGGAGGUAUUGACCAAAUUGAUCCUGCAACAAAUAAAGUCCUAUGCUCCUAUGACUACAGAAACAUUGAAGGCUUUGUUGAUAUUGCUGGCUAUCAGGGAGGCUUCUGUAUCCUCUAUGGAGGAUUCAGUAGAUUGCACCUGUUUGCGUCUGAGCAGAGGGAGGAAAUUAUCAAAAGUGCAAUAGAGCAUGCUGGUAACUUCAUAGGUAUUUCUCUGCGGAUAAGGAAAGAAUCCCUAGAAUUUGAGCAAUACUUGAAUCUUCGCUUUGGAAAAUACAGCAACGAUGAAUCUGUAACAUCUUUAGCAGAGUUUGUUGUUCAAAAAAUAACGCCUAGACACUUGGAACCUGUGAAAAGGGUACUAGCUCUUACAGAAGCUUGCUUAGUUGAGCGAGAUCCAGCUACCUAUAACAUUGCAACUUUGAAACCUUUAGGCGAGGUAUUUGCAAUAGUAUGUGACUGUGAAAACCCCCAGCUUUUUACCAUUGAAUUCAUCAAAGGACAAAUUCGGAAAUACUCUUCAACAGAAAGAGAUUCUCUCCUGGCUAGCUUAUUGGAUGGAGUGAGAGCUUCUGGUAAUAGAGAUGUCUGUGUGAAAAUGACUUCCACGCACAAAGGCCAGCGUUGGGGAUUACUCAGUAUGCCUGUAGAUGAAGAAGUAGAGAGCCUUCAUCUGAGAUUUUUGGCUGCUCCUCCAAAUGGUAACUUUGCAGAUGCUGUGUUCAGAUUCAAUGCUAACAUUUCCUACAGUGGGGUACUACAUGCAGUUACACAAGACGGUCUGUUCUCAGAAAACAAGGAGAAACUCAUUAAUAAUGCCAUAACAGCAUUGCUCUCGCAAGAGGGAGAUAUUGCAGCAUCUAAUGCAGAGCUUGAAAGCCAAUUCCAAGCAGUAAGACGACUAGUGGCUUCAAAAGCGGGCUUCCUUGCCUUUACUCAGCUUCCAAAAUUUCGAGAACGAUUAGGAGUGAAGGUUGUGAAAGCCCUCAAAAGGAACAAUGACGGAGUCACCCAUGCCUCUAUUGACAUGCUUUGUGCUCUUAUGUGUCCCAUGCAUGAUGACUACGACUUGAGGCAGGAGCAGUUAAACAAAGCUUCCCUUCUUUCCUCAAAAAAGUUUCUAGAAAAUCUACUAGAGAAAUUCAAUUCCCAUGUGGAUCAUGGGACAGGUGCCCUAGUAAUUAGUUCGCUUCUGGACUUCCUGACAUUUGCCCUAUGUGCUCCAUAUAGUGAGACUACUGAGGGGCAGCAGUUUGACAUGUUGUUGGAAAUGGUGGCAUCUAAUGGAAGAACACUAUUUAAGCUCUUUCAGCACCCUUCCAUGGCAAUUGUGAAAGGAGCAGGUUUGGUAAUGAAGGCAAUAAUAGAGGAAGGAGACAAAGAGAUUGCUACCAAAAUGCAAGAUCUUGCCCUCAGUGAAGGUGCCUUACCUCGUCACUUGCACACUGCUAUGUUUACAAUAAGCACAGAUCAGAGGAUGCUUACAAAUAGGCAGUUAAGUAGACAUUUGGUUGGCCUCUGGACAGCUGAGAACAAAACUGCUAUGAAUUUGUUGAAACGUAUUUUGCCACCAGGUUUGCUGGCGUACCUUGACAGUGCUGAUCCUGUUCCUGAAAAAGAUGCUGAUAGGAUGCAUGUUAGAGAUAACUUAAAAAUUGCAACUGAUCAAUAUGGCAAGUUUAAUAAAGUACCGGAGUGGCAGAGACUGGCUGGAAAAGCUGCGAAGGAAGUUGAAAAAUUUGCCAAAGAGAAGGUGGAUCUGGUCUUGAUGCAUUGGAGGGACAGAAUGGGCAUAGCUCAAAAAGAGGACAGAAACAAUAUGAACAUUAUUCAAAAGCCAGUGAUAUUAAGGAAACGACGCCAAAGAAUAAAAAUAGAAGCAAACUGGGAUCUCUUCUAUUACAGAUUUCUUCAGGAUCAUGCUAGAUCCAACUUGAUUUGGAACUUCAAAACACGGGAAGAACUGAGAGAUACUCUCGAGUCUGAGAUGAGAGCAUUUAAUAUUGACAGAGAGCUUGGUAGUGCUAAUGUUAUCUCAUGGAACCAUCAGGAGUUUGAGGUAAAAUAUGAGUGCCUUUCUGAAGAAAUAAAAAUAGGGGAUUAUUAUCUAAGAUUGCUACUGGAAGAAGAUGAAACUGAAGAGAGUGGAGCAAUCAAAAAAUCAUAUGAAUUCUUCAAUGAACUCUACCAUCGCUUCUUGCUUACCCCAAAAGUGAAUAUGAAGUGCUUAUGUCUGCAAGCAUUGGCCAUUGUUUAUGGAAGAUGUCAUGAAGAAAUAGGACCAUUUUCUGAUACUAAGUACAUUGUUGGGAUGUUAGAAAGGUGCACUGAUAGGCUUGAGCGGGACAGAUUGAUACUAUUUCUCAACAAGCUGAUCCUUAAUAAGAAAAAUGUGAAGGACCUUAUGGAUUCAAAUGGCAUUAGAAUCCUUGUGGAUCUGCUUACUCUGGCACAUCUCCACACAAGCAGAGCUACAGUCCCUCUGCAGAGCAACGUGAUUGAGGCGGCACCUGAUAUGAAGAGGGAGAGCGAGAAAGAAUGGUACUUUGGCAAUGCUGACAAGGAAAGGAGUGGUCCUUACAGCUUUCAAGAGAUGCAGGAACUAUGGAACAGUGGAAAGCUGACUUCAAAAACGCGUUGCUGGGCUCAAGGUAUGGAUGGCUGGCGACCAUUACAGGUUAUCCCUCAGCUGAAGUGGUGCUUGCUUGCCAGCGGCCAGCCUGUGUUGAAUGAGACUGACCUUGCCACGCUUGUACUCAACAUGCUCAUCACAAUGUGUGGAUAUUUUCCCAGCAGGGAUCAAGACAAUGCUAUUAUAAGACCUCUGCCUAGAGUGAAAAGGCUGUUGUCAGAUAGCACUUGCCUUCCUCAUAUCACUCAGCUAUUACUGACUUUUGAUCCUAUCCUUGUGGAAAAAGUCGCUAUAUUGCUGUUUCAUGUCAUGCAAGAUAACCCUCAGUUACCUCGUUUUUAUCUGAGUGGAGUAUUCUUCUUUAUCAUGAUGUACACGGGUUCCAAUGUACUUCCUAUUGCAAGGUUUUUGAAAUACACACAUACAAAACAAGCUUUCAAGUCUGAAGAAACAAAAGGUCAAGAUAUAGUUCAAAGAAGUAUACUUGGACAUAUUCUUCCUGAAGCAAUGGUGUGUUAUUUAGAAAACUAUGAACCGGAAAAAUUUUCUGAGAUAUUCCUUGGAGAAUUUGAUACUCCAGAAGCAAUUUGGAGCAAUGAAAUGAGGCGUCUUAUGAUAGAGAAGAUUGCUGCUCAUCUUGCUGACUUCACCCCUCGUCUUCAAAGCAAUACAAGAGCACUCUACCAAUACUGUCCUAUCCCAGUUAUCAACUAUCCACAACUGGAAAAUGAGCUGUUUUGUAAUAUUUAUUACCUCAAGCAUCUCUGUGAUACACUCAGAUUUCCAGACUGGCCGAUUAAAGAUCCGGUUAAACUAUUGAAGGAUACACUAGAAGCUUGGAAGAAGGAGGUAGAAAAGAAGCCACCUACCAUGUCGAUAGAUGAUGCUUAUGAAGUCCUUAACCUUCCCAAAGGGCAAGGCCAGCAUGAUGAAAGCAAGAUCAGGAAAGCUUAUUUCAGGCUGGCACAAAAAUAUCACCCAGACAAGAAUCCAGAAGGCAGGGAUAUGUUUGAAAAAGUGAAUAAAGCGUAUGAGUUCCUAUGCACAAAGUCUGCCAAGGUGAUAGAUGGGCCAGAUCCAGAAAACAUCAUUUUGAUCUUGAAAACUCAAAGCAUCCUCUUCAACAGGCAUAAGGAAGAGUUGAAACCUUACAAGUAUGCAGGCUAUCCUAUGCUGAUAAAGACUAUUACCAUUGAAACAUCAGAUGACCUUUUGUUUUCCAAAGAAUCUCCUCUGUUACCUGCUGCUACGGAACUUGCUUUCCAUACUGUCAAUUGUUCAGCAUUAAACGCAGAGGAACUGAGAAGAGAAAAUGGAAUUGAGGUAUUGCAAGAAGCAUUUAACCGUUGUGUAGCGGUCUUGACUCGUUCUAGCAAACCAGAUGAUAUGUCUGUCCAGGUAUGUGGAUAUAUUAGUAAGUGUUACAGCGUAGCAGCUCAGUUUGAGGAAUGCAGAGAGAAGAUUACAGAAAUGCCUAACAUCAUUAAGGACCUCUGUAGGCUACUGUAUUAUGGCAAGAACAUACCGCGAGUAGCUUCUUUGGGAGUGGAGUGUGUUAGCUCCUUUGCCUUAGAUUACUGGCUACAAACGCACUUGUUCCAAGCUGGAGUUCUCUGGUACUUACUGGGUUACCUCUUCAACUAUGACUAUACGCUAGAAGAGAGCGGUAUUCAGAAAAGUGAAGAUUCAAAUCACCAGGAGGUAGCGAAUAGCCUUGCUAAGCUCAGUCUCCUGGCCUUGAGUCGCCUCGGAGGGUAUCUCUCUGAAGAACAAGCUACACCCGAAAACCCAACAAUCAGGAAAAGCUUGGCUGGAAUGUUGACACCCUAUAUUGCAAGGAAACUCGCUGUGGUCAGUCCUACUGAGACUCUCAAGAUGCUUAACAGUAACACUGAGAACCCCUACUUGAUCUGGAACAAUGGGACAAGAGCCGAAUUACUUGAGUUUUUGGAAUCUCAACAAGAAAGCAUGAUUAAAAGAGGUGAUUGUGACAAGAGCUACGGAUCUGACUUUGUCUUCAGUGACCAUGCAAAGGAACUUAUUGUGGGAGAGGUGUUUGUUAGAGUCUACAAUGAGGUUCCUACCUUCCAACUAGAGUUUCCUAAAGCAUUUGCUGCAAGCCUCUUGGAUUACAUAGGCUCACAAGCACAGUACCUCCAUACGCUAAUGGCAAUAACGCAGACUGGGAAAGUAGAGUCCAAUCAACAUGGAGAUCGGUUAAGGAGAGUUGAAAUGGCCCUGGAGGCUCUGAGAAACGUGAUAAAACACAACCCAGGUUCUGAGUGUGAAUGCAUAGGUCACUUUAAGUUGAUAUUCUCCCUUCUGCGUGUUCAUGGAGCUGGCCAGGUGCAGCAGUUGGCUCUGGAGGUAGUGAACAUAGUAACAAGUAACCAAGAAUGUGUUAACAAUAUUGCUGAGGCAAUGGUUCUUGCUAACUUACUGGCACUCCUGCAUUCCUUACCUUCAAGUCGGCAACUCGUCCUUGAAACUUUGUAUGCUUUGACGUCUAGCACAAAAAUAAUUAAAGAGGCCAUGGCAAAAGGUGCUUUAAUCUACUUACUAGACAUGUUUUGCAACUCGACCCAUCCGCAGGUCCGAGCCCAAACAGCAGAGCUCUUUGCCAAAAUGACUGCAGAUAAGCUGGUGGGUCCAAAGGUUAGAAUUACACUAAUGAAAUUUUUACCUGGAGUCUUCAUGGAUGCCAUGAGGGACAACCCUGAAGCUGCUGUUCAUAUCUUUGAGGGAACUCAUGAAAAUCCCGAAUUAAUUUGGAAUGACAACUCCAGGGAGAGAGUAUCGACAACAGUUCGAGAAAUGAUGCUUGAGCACUUUAAACUUCAGAGGGACAACCCUGACACUAACUGGAAGCUGCCUGAAGACUUUGCUGUGGUGUAUGGUGAAGCAGAAGGUGAACUUUCAGUGGGGGGAGUCUUCCUAAGGAUUUUUAUUGCCCAGCCGGCCUGGGUUUUACGGAAACCAAGAGAAUUUCUCAUUGCACUGUUGGAAAAGUUUACUGAACUACUGGAGAAAAAUAACCCCCAUGGGGAAACUUUAGAAACCAUUACCACAGCAACUGUGUGCCUGUUCAGUGCCCAGCCUCAGCUGGCUGAUCAAGUUCCUCCGCUUGGGCAUCUUCACAAGAUAAUCCAAGCUAUGAAUCACAAGAACAACGCCAUUCCUAAAAGUGCCAUUCGUGUCAUGCACAUACUGUCUGACAAUGAGCUUUGUGUUCGAGCAAUGGCAUCGCUAGAGACCAUUAGCCCUCUCAUGAAUGGAAUGAAAAAGAGAUCGGAUAUAAUUGGUGUAGCCUGUGAAGCACUUAAUCGAAUGUUUCAGAAGGAGCAAAAUGACUUAGUAGCCCAAGCUUUGAAAGCAGAUUUGGUCCCUUACCUUCUGAAGCUCCUUGAAGGUAUUGGUCUUGAGAACCUGGAAAGCCCAUCCGCAACAAAAGCUCAGAUUGUUAAAGCUCUGAAAUCCAUGUCUCGCAGCCUGCAGUACGGAGAACAGGUAAAUGAAAUUCUGUCUCGUUCUUCUGUAUGGAGUGCCUUCAAGGAUCAGAAACAUGACUUGUUCAUUUCUGAGACUCAAACAGCAGGAUACCUCACAGGCCCUGGAGUUGCUGGUUACCUUACUGCAGGGACGACAUCAUCUGUAAUGCCCAACGUACCACCCCCGGUAGACAAUGAAGUCGGAGAUGUCAGCUAAGGACUGGAAAUUCUUGUGAAAGAGACAGAAAGGCAGACUGGCCAGUGAUGAGGAACGGCACUUUCCUCCAACACAUUGAAGUGAACUUACUGCCUUUCCAAGUGUUUAAUGACAGUGUUAUUCCUUUUCUAUGACUGUUUUGUUGGGAUUUUUUUUUUUUUUUUUUUUAGGAAAAAGUGAUUCUAACUAUCACACUGUAACACAAGAAAGCACUCUGUGGAUCAGCUGAAAUGGGUACACAAGAAUUUUUUUUCUUGUUGUACAUAAGCACAUUUUG